AUGACGAGACAAUUCUUCAGAUGGAUGUGUAUGACUUUGAUCUACCACUGCAAGCUGAGCCUGCUCUGGCUGAGCGCGGUCGCAUUGACAGUUGGACUCGCGGACCUGCCGCCCGGGAUCAGGCUGCGCGCCAACGCCAACACGUACCUGCCCCCGGACACGACCAAGGGCUACGACUACAACAAGCCCCCGGGGCCGGGCUUCCCGAGUCCAGGAACGACACCCGGCAGACCGCCCGUUGGACCACCGGCUCGACCGCCCACGGGACCCCCAGCGAGGCCGCCCUCCACCCCCGGAGGCUACCCAUCCCCCGGUGGACCUGGUGACCACGGCGGCGACCAUGUGCACGAGCCCGGCAUGCCCUUCGACUUCAACUACGCGGUGAAGGAGGACGCGUACGGGAACGACUACUCCCACAACGCCAUCAGCGACGGGGACGUGACGCGCGGCGAAUACCGGGUUCAGCUGCCGGAUGGGCGCACUCAAAUCGUUCGAUACACGGCUGAUUGGAAGAACGGCUUCAUGGCCCAAGUUUCGUACGAGGGUACGCCGAGUUUCGGGCCGGGGGUCGGUACUGGGCCUCAAGGCCCGGGUGGUGGCAACGGCGUUGGAGGAGGCGGCGGUGGACCUUUCCAGGGAUACUAA